AUGGCAAGAAUGACAUCUCAAAUGAAAAGCAAAUCCGAGAAAAAAAUUCUCAAAGAUAAGCGUUCUGAGAAGAUAGCACUUUCCCAUAAGCAAAAUGCUCUUAGUAAAAGAGCGAUGGAUCUUUCCACCUUAUGUGGAAUUGAUAUAGCAAUUAUAAUUUUUUCAAUUGCUGCUGAACCGUUUUUCUUUGGUAAUCCAAAUGUAGAAUCGGUCAUCGAGCGAUUUUCGCAAGCAAAACAACCAUUUAACCACAUGUCAAGCCGUAAGACGACACAUGAAAAGACUGGAGGUGGGAAAGAAAAUGAUACAAUGAAAAAGGAGGAAAGGAAGGCAAUAAAUGAGGAAGAAAAAGGAGAAUCUACAUUGGAAAGUUUCGAGCCAACUACUUUGGUAAGACUUGAGAAACUGAAACAAGAGAUUGACCAACUUGAAAAAGAUUUGGCUGAAAAAAUUGAUGAGUUACAAUCAAAAAUAGGUGUAAAAGAUCCAAAAUUUGUACUCGAAAUGAAUGCAACAAAAUGUUCAAUCAUAUAUAAUAAAUAA